UUAAAAAUUAAAUAAAUUACAAUCUAUUAAAACCCUCUUUUUGAAAGUAAAAUCAAUUCAAUUCAAUUAAAAUUGAAAUUUAUUUAUGGUCCAGCAAUUUUUAUUUUAAUAAUAUUGCAAGUACUACCAGCAUACUUUAACUGUGAAAUAUAAAUGAAUAAAAUGAUGUCAAAUCAAAUGACAAGUGACUAAAUACAAACCAACAAAAAAAAAAGAAUAUUAAUUAAAAUACCCGGGGAUUAACAACAAAUACAAGCAUCCCCCAUAUUUUAAAGUAGAUCGUGCGUUUGCAAAGAAUUAUAUUCCAAACCACUUCAGAGUGUAUGCGUUUGAGUGUGUCUGUGUUUGAGUUUGAGUUAAAUUAAAAUACAAAACUGUGUGCGUUUCUUUCAAAAGUCAAUGACGUUGAUUUUCAAAUCAAAGGAAAUUGAAAUUUUUGUCAACGCUGCCCACAAGCAAGUUAACCAGAAGACAUGCCGCCCUCUGCGUUUUUAGUUGGUUCUACCAUUAUAACAACACCCGCUUGUGAGAUCUCACCCAACAAGACAGCCUUGCAAUUGUUAUCACCACCACAACCACCACAAUCACAUACCCCCACACGCCAGACUCUUCUUAGUCCACAUAUUAAAACGGAAUAUAAUUUGAAUAACAAUUGUCACUCGUUGCAAAAUUUUAAUUAUUUAAAUACAAGUGAGUUGAGUGACAAAUCAACGAACAUGGUCUUGCAAUCGUACAACAGUUACGAGCAAUAUCAUUUGCCCCAGCAGCAUCAUGGUCAGACGGCCGCCGCCGCAGUGUUGGCUCAACACUCGCCUCCCCUAUAUAAUACUACUACAGCAACAACAACCUCACCCGCCGCUCUAAAUACUCAUCAUCAACAAAAUACCCAGCAGCAGCAGCAACAUCUUCAGCAUCAACAACAACAACAUAAUCUGCCACAAUAUCAAAAUCUCUAUAACAGCCCGCCUCAUCAUCAGUCCCCCCAGCAGCAUCUUACCAAUCUGCCAGCAACACAUAACCUCAGCAGUAACAACAACAGCCACCCCCACCAUCACCAACAACUGCAACAGCAACACCAGCAUCAUCAACAACAGUCCCAGCAACAUCUUCACCAUCAUCACACACUACACCAACAUCUGGCACAUCAACAACAACAGCAGCAGCAGCAGCACACGCAACAACGUUUAUCCGGCGGCAGUAGCAGUAGUGUUGGUUCAUCCAUAGCUUCUAAUAAUUCCUCUCUAGCUUCAGUUUCGUCUGCCAACUCAAAUGUUUCCUCCACCACACCUGCUGUAUCAGCAUCACCAUCAUCCGCCUCGACGUCCACUGUUCCCUCAGUUGUAAAUUCUCUAACAUCCUCGAGCUCACCUUCAUCGGCUUCGUCAACGGCUGGUCCGUUUCUGUCAGCCGCCUCGUUGGGCAUUAAUUAUUUCAACGAUUCCGUACCAUAUGUGGGAGAUUAUUCCACUGCGACGGGCCAUUUGUACACCGAUAUCGAUGCGAAUUUCUUUAGUCAAGGUUAUUCAACUCCACAUGAUCGCAACAAUAGCCCGCCACCUCAGCAACAACAGCAGCAGUCCCAAUCGGCCGCCAAUACAGCGAUGUUGCCACCCGCUCAAACACAAAACUCUACAUCCUCUAAUGCCAAUAAUAAUAACAACAACAGCAACAACAAUAGUGCUUCAGCACUUUCGCCCAACAGUGCUAAUAGUAAUAAUAACAAUAACAAUGGUGCCAAUCUCAAUUUCCUGCAAAUGACCAUGAGAAACCCAGCCGCUGCUUUCUACUCACAACAUCAAAUGAAAGAGGAGCCCGGCACCCAAUCCACAUACGGUAAUCUAGGUGCCAGUGCCAAUAACAAUCAAACAGAUCCCACUGAUUUGUCUAGCUUCGGCAUGCCCACUAAUAUGACCAAAGCGUCAGCCUCUAGCUAUGAUGACAGUGACUAUCACAAUACCAUGUCAUCGCAAGAUCAUCAGGGUCAAUCAAGCUAUUUGGAUGGCAGUUCUCCCGAUUUCUAUGGUCUCAAUGGUGUGGAACAGAAAUAUACAGACUAUGGUCGUUCAAGGUUUCACAAUGCCUACCCAUCAGAGUUCAGCUCCUACGAAACAUCACAAUUUCCCUCGAUGGCCGCUGCCGAUCAAUGGGGUGUCCAUCAUGGUAAUCAACAUCAUGCCGCCUAUUUAUCCACCAUGAGUCUGGAUAAGGCUUUGUUGGGUACCUAUCCCUCCCAGGGGGGUGUGCCCUGUUUCCAAGGUUCCGGACCCAUACAACUAUGGCAAUUUUUGUUAGAGCUAUUAAUGGAUAAAAAUUGUCAGGGUUUCAUUUCAUGGACCGGUGAUGGCUGGGAGUUUAAACUGACAGAUCCCGAUGAGGUGGCUCGUCGUUGGGGUAUACGCAAGAAUAAACCAAAAAUGAAUUAUGAAAAGCUAAGCAGAGGCCUACGUUAUUAUUAUGAUAAGAAUAUUAUACAUAAAACCGCUGGUAAACGUUAUGUCUACCGUUUUGUUUGUGAUCUACAAAAUCUAAUUGGUUAUUCUCCCGAAGAAUUGUGUGCUAAAUAUGACCUCAAAACUGAAAAAAAAGAAGAUGAUUAAAUUUUUCAGACUUCAACAACAACAAAAAAACCAACAACAAAAUGGUGGAUUCUUCCAAAUGUGCUUAAAAGUAAAUUUUCAACUCUACCACUCUCCACUCAACUGAAUAACAACCCAGCACACACAACAUAUACAAACACUUACAAUACAUAUAAAGAAAUCAAUUUCUUUAAGUUAAUUACUCACAUUAUUGUUCUUUUAUUUUGCUAUAAAAACAAUAAAAAUAUAAUUUCUUACAAAUACAUGCAUAACAAAAACGUGAUGUAAUUUUAUAAGUUUAUUUUUUUUAUAAAAAUAUCAAACAAUUCUUUUUUUUUUAUUAUAAAAUAAAUCAAACAAUAGUGGCUUGUUAGAAAAUUAAAUUAUACAUACUAUAUACAUACAUAAAUAAUUUUAAAUUUUAUUUAAUAAAUAAUUAAUUUGAAAUUAAUUUUUUUAAAAAAAUUAAUACAUUUUAUGUAUUUAAUAUUUAGCUAGUUUUUCUUUAGUUAUAAAACAGAAAACAAUACAAAAAAAACGCAAUGUUCUCGUUAAUUUAUUAAGUUUUAUUAUUAUUAAAAACAAAAAACCAUAAAUUAAUUAAAUAAAAACAAAUAUUGAAAUCUAAAGCUCAACAAUUUUAUGGAACGUUUGAACAGAAAAUCAAUCAAGUUGUGCAAUUUAAAAACAAACAGAAAAUUGCUAAAAAAAAAAUUAAAAUUUGAAAUGCCAUACAGAAAAAAACAAAAAUAAAAUAAUUGAGCAUCCAAAGUUAAGUGAUAUUAAAAAAAACAACAAAAUUUAAUUGUUGAAAUCUUUAACAAACAAAUCGUCUUGUAAAUACUUUUUAAUAUAAUUUAUAAUUUCUUUUAAGUGUCUUAGACUUCAAGUUAAUUUUUUUUAAAUGUUUGUCACAUUUUAUUUUAUUUUUUUAUUUUAAUUUUUAUAAACAAACAUAAUUAUUCUCAGUGCAUAUGAGUGCUUCCGUGAGACUCAAGAGUUUUAUUUAAAAAAUACUUAUAAAAAAACAUAAACAUUUUAUUAACAAAAAAAAAAAAAUCCCCACAAAUUAUAAAAUAAUUUAAUUAAUACUUUUAUUAAAAAUAAAAAAAACACAAUUUAGUAAAGUAUGUAAAGUUUUAUUAUUAUUUUAAAUAUGCUCUUAAAUUAUCAAACAACCUUAUUGUUUUAAUUAGUUGUAGAAUUUAAACAAAAAAUAAUAAAUAUAGAAAUUUAUUCUAAGUAGGUGUAAAAAUUAUAUAAAUUAACUAUUGAUAAACAAACAAAAAUAAUUUACCAUAAUAUUUAAUUUAAACAAUUUUUGAAUUAAAAUUUAAAAAUAUUUAAUAUUUAAGUCAAUCCAACAAAAAUCUACAUACAUAUAAUAAAAAAAAUGCUCAAACAUUUGCAAAAACUAAUUAAAUAAAAUAAAAAUAUUUGUUAAAAAUAAUGAAAAAAAAA